AUGAUCCUACUGAAUAACUCCCAGAAGCUGCUGGCCCUAUACAAAUCCUUGGCCGGGAGCAUCCCUGAGUCCCUGAAGGUGUACGGCUCUGUGUAUCACAUCAAUCACGGGAACCCCUUCAACAUGGAGGUGUUGGUGGACUCCUGGCCCGACUAUCAGAUGGUUAUUACCCGGCCUCAAAAACAGGAGAUGACAGACGACAUGGACUCAUACACAAAUGUAUAUCGUAUAUUCUCCAAAGACCCUCAAAAAUCACAAGAAGUUUUGAAAAAUUGUGAGAUCAUAAACUGGAAACAGAGACUCCAAAUCCAAGGUCUUCAAGAAAGUUUGGGUGAGGAGAUAAGAGCGGCUGCAUUUUCAAAUUCAGUGAAGGUAGAGCAUUCAAGAGCAGGCCUCUUCAUUACAGAAAAUUUCCUGAAACUCCAUGCCUCCAAUAAAAGCAAGCUUGGAAGCUGGGCAGAGAUAGGCCAACCAGAUGAUGAAUUUGAGAGGAAAACUCCCAACUUUAAUUAUGCCCAGCUGGAUAGCUCUUAUUCCGGGCUGGUAAAUGACAAUUGGAAGCGAGGGAAGAAUGAGAGGAGCCUGCGUUACAUCAAGCGCUGCAUAGAAGUCCUGCCAGCAGCCUGUGUGCUCGGCCCAGAGGGGACCCCAAUCUCAUGGAUAACCAUGGACCCUUCUUGUGAAGUAGUAAUGAGCUACUGCAUGAAAAAAUACCGAAAGAAAGGCAACAUGGCACAGCUGCUGGUGCGACACCAGAAGUAUCUGUGUCAGAAGAAUAUACCAUUUUACGUCUCUGUACUGGAAGACAAUAAAGACUCCCGCAGAUCAGUGGGGUUGGCGGGUUUCUUUGAGGCCUCCUGUGAGUGGCACCAAUGGACCUGCUACCCACAGAAUCUAGUUCCAUUUUAGACAAUGAAGCUGCUUAGCAAUCUUGGGCAAGCCAUCUCUUAAUAUUAAAGCAGACACCACAGAAUAGCUUUCUUCACUUACAAAUGUCGAUUGGGCAUUUGUGAUACGGCAGGAACUCUUUCGCACAUGGAGACUUGAUGUUAAAAGACGCAGCCAUGCUCUUGAGGAGCUCACAAUCCAGGCUGGAGGCAGGGGAGGGUAUAGUCUUUAAAUAUGCUUAAGCGUUGUAGGGAAGGACGGGGUUACCAGUAAACAUGUCACCAGAAAGCCAGGCUCAGUUCUUACCUCUGGGAAUCAGAACUCUUUAUGUAACUUGGUUGAUAGAAUCUACUAUCUGGAAGAUAAAUGAAGAACUUUAAUAAAAUUGUCAAUAGAA